AUGCCUUCGGCCAAAAGAAAAGCCUCUCACUCUACCUCGGCCGCCGCCCCUGGCCCGUCCAAGAUCCAGAAAACAGCCGCUCCCCGCCCAGGUGUCGCAAAGGAGCCUUCACCUGCAUCCUCCGCCUCCGAGUCCGAGUCCGAGUCCGCUGGCGAGAUAGAGAAUGCAUCCGCAUCUGAGGAAGAAGGCGGCAGUGAGGUCGAGGACGAGAACGAAGAAGCAGGCAAUGGCGAGAGCUCUGAUCGGGAGAACGGCCAAGGAGAAGGCGAGGCAGGCGAGCAAGCAGCAAAGACAUUCAAGGAACUUGGCGUGGUAGAUGCUCUCUGCGACGCUUGCACGACUCUCAAAUACACAAAGGCAACCCCAAUCCAGGCGAAAUCCAUCCCCGUCGCCCUCGAGGGGCGAGACAUCAUUGGUCUUGCCGAGACGGGUAGCGGUAAAACGCUUGCAUUUGCCCUUCCCAUACUCCAGGCUCUGCUCGAAAAGCCUCAGCCCCUCUUUGGGCUCGUUCUAGCGCCGACUCGCGAGCUGGCUGCCCAGAUUGGCGAGGUCUUCGAUGCCCUCGGCGCCUUCAUAUCACUACGAUGCGCCGUCAUCGUGGGUGGAUUGGACAUGGUGUCACAGUCAAUUGCUCUGGGCAAGAAGCCACAUAUCAUUGUUGCAACCCCGGGCCGGUUGCUGGAUCACUUGGAGAAGACGAAGGGUUUCUCUUUGCGGAACUUGAAGUACCUGGUCAUGGACGAAGCCGACAGGCUAUUGGAUCUCGAUUUCGGCCCCAUCCUGGACAAGAUGCUCAAGUUCAUCCCCCGCGAGCGGCGGACCUACCUGUUCUCAGCCACCAUGAGUUCCAAGGUUGAGAGUCUACAACGGGCGAGCUUGCGCGAUCCGGUUCGCGUCAGCGUCAGCUCGAGCAAGUAUCAGACGGUCUCGACACUGAAGCAGUACUAUCUAUUCAUCCCUCAGAUCCACAAGGACGUGUAUCUCAUUUAUCUGCUCAACGAGUUCUUUGGCAAGUCAACGGUCAUCUUCGCCAGGACCGUGUUUGAGACACAGCGGAUCGCUAUCCUACUACGUUUCCUGGGAUUCGGCGCCAUCCCACUGCACGGGCAGCUCUCGCAGACUGCGCGUCUUGGAGCCCUAAACAAGUUCAGGGCCGGAUCCAGAGAUAUCCUUGUCGCCACCGAUGUCGCUGCGCGUGGUUUGGAUAUCCCCAAGGUGGAUGUGGUCGUCAACUUUGAUCUGCCACAGGACAGCAAGACCUACGUGCACCGUGUCGGUCGUACUGCCCGAGCUGGAAAGUCUGGUCUUGCCGUCAGCAUUGUGACGCAGUACGACGUCGAGAUCUUCAAGAGGAUCGAGCACGCUCUAGGCAAGGAGCUGCCGGGAUACAAGGCCGACAAGGAAGAAGUCAUGGUGUUCAAGCAGCGCGUGAGCGAGGCACAGAGGCACGCUCGCGUCGAGAUAAAGGAGCUGAUGGAGAACAGGGGCAAGAAGGGAGCUACGCUCAGGGGCCGCAGAGAUGGCGGGAAAGGCGGAAAGGGCACCUCGAGGAGAGCCGAUAACAUGGACGCUGACGAGGGUUGA